GCUGGAUCAGUGCGCUCAGAGCCGCGGAGACAGACGCAGAGACAGACCGAGGACAGACUCUCUGCAGCGGACUGGACCCGCGCUGACGCCGCGCUGAAGCCGCUACACGCGUGUCAUCUGAGCCCAGCUCCCGGAUAAAGACUUUGGCUUUAGUCUGAACAAUCGGAUUAUCUUUGAGCGGCAUUGUGCCAUAGACCCCCGUUCUCCUCGACUCUGCCCGGGACCAUGUUAGUGAGCGCGCCCCUCUUGGCCACGCUCGUGCUGCAGUUCAGCGGCUGCCUCGGCUCCUAUGUCCCGUGUGAACCGUGCGACGAGAAGGCGCUGUCCAUGUGCCCGCCGGUGCCCGUGGGCUGCCAGCAGCUCGUGAAGGAGCCGGGCUGCGGCUGCUGCCUCACGUGCGCGCUCGCGGAGGGUCAGCCGUGCGGUGUGUACACGAGCACGUGCACUAAAGGGCUCCGCUGUCUGCCCCGGAGCGGAGAGGAGAAGCCCCUGCACGCGCUGCUCCACGGCCGAGGCGUGUGCACCAACGAGAAGGGCCACAAACCGCCCCCGCCGCCGCCAGAGCGCGAGUCCCGGGAGCACGAGGACCCCCUGACCCCGGAGGUCACCGAGGAGCUGGCCCCGGCCAAAGUCUCUCUGCUGAACAUCGUCAACAAUAAAAAAGCCCAAGCUCUGCGCAAAGAACAGAAACGGAAGCUCGGGAAGCAGCGGUCCAUGGGAACGCCGCUGGACUACUCCCCUCUGCCCAUCGACAAGCACGAGCCAGAGUUUGGCCCGUGCAGGAGGAAGCUGGACGGGAUCAUCCAGGGCAUGAAGGACACGUCCCGGGUCAUGGCUCUGUCCCUGUACCUGCCCAACUGUGACCGCAGAGGCUUCUUCAAACGCAAACAGUGCAAACCGUCCCGCGGCCGUAAGCGAGGCAUCUGCUGGUGCGUGGACAAAUACGGCGUCCAGCUCCCGGGGACGGACUACAGCGGAGGAGACAUCCAGUGCAAAGACCUGGAGAGCAGCAGCAACACGAACAACAACGAGUGACACCAACGGGACAAAAAAUAAACUAUGGACCCAAGACCCCACCCGACCCACAGCUCCGCCCACAAACUCACACCUCCAAGCCCCCCCCCCCAGUCCUCCUCAAGACCUCCCUACAGGAACCCGGAAGUCUCAAAACGAUGGCAUCAGGCUGAAAAAGUUGUGAUUUUUUUCGUCUUUUUUAUUUCUUUAUUUGUUUGCGGUCGACCGAGCACUCGUCGCGACUGAAUGAGCUUCAGACUAGACUUGUUUCCUGCACACGUUGGAUAUGUUUUUGAACGCUGGGGCCUUUUUUUUUCAAGAUUUUGGAUUUUGUGAAUCUGAAACAGCAACAAAAAAGUCAAAUACUGGACAGAUCAGUUGAGAAAGAUGUAGUUUUUUUGGAAUUACGUGGACUAGCCUGGUCAACCAUCGGCGAAAUCAGACGUGAACGUUUUCAAACUGGAUCCUUCGACGCACCUGAAUUGGCGUAAAACCAAUCAGAAAAGCAGAUUUUUUUUUUGUAAAUUUAAACCAUUUUUUGUCAAACCACUUUUGUUCGUUAACGACAUUGAAAUUGCAAAGAAAAACAACACGAUUUCCUCUUGUCUCUGAAUGCGCGUGAUGAGCCAGGCUAGUCUAAAAACGCUCACUUACGAUUUGGGUUUUUCAAAAAAAUGAAAAAAUAAAUAACUCUAAAAAGAGAAAUAUUAAAAAAUGUACGCGGUUUAGCCAGAGCACUUAUAAAAACUCUUUUCUAUGAGUUUGUGUUAUGUGUGGAAUGAGCCUAUUUUCAAUGAAUGUCAGUUGUUGUUUUUUUUUUUUGGUUUUGUUUUUAUUUUUGCGCUUGGUCUUUCUAAACCCGAUCUUUGUCUGUGGAUUGAUAAUAAUUUAACGUAAAACAAAAAUGCAUGCUAGGGGCUCUUUUGACAAUGUAGCUAGCCUGAUUUGCCAAUUGUGCCUCUCAAUGAAUUACCGCGCAGGGAGAUACGCGGUUCUACAGUGGCUCUAUUUGUCCAAACUUAAGAAAAACUCGAUUUUUUUUAAUCUCUUUUCUUGUUUUGACUUGACAAUUUGAGUUACAUUUUGUUUUUAAUUGGUUUUGUUUGAGCUAAUUUCAUAGAUCAAGUUGUUGUUUCCCUUCAAAACUACAGCUGUAUGACAUUUUUUUAAUUUUUAUUAUUUUCGUUUUUGUAUUCGGGGAAUGGCUAGCUAGCUUUUGGUUUAGCGCUAACCAAAAGCUAAGUUCAGAAAGCAAAACCGUCCACAAACUGUUAAAUAAGGUCUGAACAGGGUCUGUCAAUACAAUAUCUCUGUGUGCCUUCUACGGUGGCCUGGAAGGGCAAAACGAGUCUACAAAACCUGCAUAAUCAUUUUUGCGAGAUUGAAAAUGUAAAUAUAAAGCGGUUAGGUGACAUGGGAUUUCAUCGUAUCUACAGGCAACUACGGAAGCCUUGCAGGGACAUGCUAUUGCAAAAAAAGAAAAAAAUUAGCAUUAGCACGAAACAGAACCUUAAGCUCAACUCAUGUUUUAUUUUAUAGUUUUUAUUUCUUUCGCUUUUUACCCUGUUUUCCGUCUCGUAGGUUGAAAAAAAAGUCCAAAAAAAUAAAUAAAAAUGUGCGCAUCAUUUGAAUCUGCUCAGUUCAGAACCACAACCAAAACUACGACCAUAAAAUCACAAAUUCAUACUUUUGGAUCUUUUUUUUUUUUUUUUUUUUUUUUUUUUUUUUAAGGGACAAGAUGGAUUUCUGUGGAUUUGUGAACUCAAAUUUCACGAGAAACCGGCUGCUGAACAAGAUACAGAAUUUACAAAAAAAAACACUUUACCGAUGCCACAAAUACAACAAAACAUCAAAUUAAAUCGGCUGUUCAUUUAAAUGUUUGGCCAAUCUUGAAUCAUGUUUUUGUUUUGUUUUUGUUUGUUUUUUUCUGUUGACUUCUAUUGCAACUAGCCAUUGUCACUUUUCUGUUUUCACAAUGUUAAAUAUGUGUAUGUUUUACCCUGUAGAAAACAAAAUGUAAAUAUGUACAGUUGUUUCAUUUUUUUUUUUUUUGUUUUUUUUUUUGUGAAUUUAUUUUGUCCUUCCUGGCCACCGUAGCCUUCUCACAUCCAAAUACGAACUCCACACUCGUGACGUGAAAGUGACUUGGAUACAAUGGGGCUAUUUCUUGGGUGCUCUUCUUUUUAAAUCAAUAACGUUUUUGUGUCGAUUCUGGGGGCGAAAAAUUUACAGAAAAAAAAAUGGACGAUAAACCACUUGUAGAGACACUUCUUCGUUCUUGGAUAAGCUAUGAUGUUUGUUUUUUUUGUUUUUUUUUGUGAUUGCCAAUGUAUUUGAUGCCAGAGAAAGGGGAAGCCAUCGGAUUUCAGUUGGAUCCAAAAUGGCUGCCGAUUGCCCAUUGGAUAUCGACUGGAUCCAAGAUGGCGACCGGUUGUGGAUUUCUGUAGCCCGUCUUUUUCAACACCAAACUCCACUUUCGAAAAAGCAGCUUGCACUUAUCUCAGUUACUCUUGAUACCGACGCACAACAGUGUUCUAAAAAUGUGGUUACGAACUGGGCUUGGCAUUAGCGCAAGUUACGCCAAAAAAUAAAAACAAACAGUCGCUAACGGUGGCUAAUUAGCGAAUAAUCUCCUCGAACGGAAGCGCAAUGUCCCUGUGUCUCCAUGGGGUCUUAUUCUGUGUAGAAGAUGCUAACCGCUAGCUACUUUAAACGACAACAAACGUGUUCUGAAAUAAAUAGGGUUCUUAAAUUAGUUGUGCAGUUCAGAUUUCAAAUUCUUUCAAUGUUUACGUUCGUUGCCAAUGCUAUUUUUUUUUAAAAUCUUGCUCGAUGUGUUUGACAAUUGGACUGAAAACAGAAUUUAAGCUUAAGAACGAACUAAAAUCUGCCAAAUUUUGUAUUAUACGACAAAUUUAUCUUAACAUUCUUAGCUAAUCAAAUUGCUAAAGGUAUAACAACUUUUUAAAAACUCAAAAAUAGCUAGCAACUUUAAAAAAAACAACAAAAAAACAGUUGCUAGUGAACUAAAAUAUGCCAAAUUUUGUUUUAUAUGACAAAUUUAUAUUGACAUUCUUUGCUAAUCAAGUUGCUAAAGGUAUAACAGCUUUUAAAGAACUCAAAAAUAGCUAGCAGCUUUCAUAAAAAAAACAGUUGCUAGUGCGUAAACAAGCUAAUGCCAAGCCCAGGUUAUGUAGAAGCUAGUGGGAAUUAGCCACAAAAGCUAAACGUUGUGUUGUCUUGUGCGUUCUUUUUUUAAUAUUUGUUGACAGGGGCUUGAGUUUAGCCCACGCCAGGGACCUCCAGUUCAGUAGUGACUUUAGGACGGAUUUGGGAUGUUCUCAGAUGCACAGAGGAGGCGCAGAGGAGGAGCAGAAGAGGGAGAGAGAAGGGGGCAGAGGAGGCAGAGUGAGCUAGCAUCAUGGGCUACGUCAGGGCCUAGCCACGUCUUUUCGCUGACUUUAGAUAGGAACAGUUACAGAGCUGUGGGAGUCUGAGGAACACGGAUUGGCGGUAAAACGGAGCGGAUUGAGUUAGCGGGUGUUAGCUUUGUGGCUAACGCAAAAGCGAUCAAAUAUUUGCUGUGGGUUUGUUCUGAAUUCGUAAAAAGUCUUGUACAAAGUCAAAAUCCGUGUUAGCAUUUUCAGAUGAUCUUAUUCUUAUUCACGCUGACAUUUAUUGGAAGUUUAGCGUUUACAUUUAGCAUUUUUACUGAAGCUUUUUACCACCAUUUUGGCCAUUAGCGAUUAGCAUCUUGGAAAAUAAAAUAUAUUUCAAACGUUUAUUCAAUUUUAAUGGCUAUAAUUUUGUCUUGAAGUAAAAAAAACAAAACAAAAUAAUCCUUGUAUUAGCUUCCAACGGUAAAAUGCUAAGCUUACUUUUAGCUUCGAGCGCUAACAGACAGUCCACUCUUUUUACCGCCAACAAACGUAGAUACACACGCGUUGUCUUGGUGUAGUUGCAGUAGUUUUGUGCGUACUAACAUUGUAGAUCACGUAGCUUCGUUGCGUUAGCGUCAGUAACUGGUCUUUUACAUUAGUUCCUUGGAUUCCCUGUCGCUCAUCCGGUUUAAACUUCACAUUUCACGUAGCGUAGGACAGUAACGUUUGUUGAAUACAUAACAUCAAACGCUUUGAUUGGUUGAACAUUCACGCUCUGAUUGGUCGGACCCUCUGAUUGGUUGGACGUUUUGAUUGAUCGGACACUCUCAUUGGUCGAAUGUUUUGAUUGAUCGGACGCUCUGAUUGGUUGAACAUUUGCAUUGGUCAGACGUUUUGAUAGGUCGUCCUGAUUGAUCGGACACUCUGAUUGAUCGGACGCUCUGAUUGGUCGUCCUGAUUGAUCGGAUGCUCUGAUUGGUCGGACGCUCUGAUUGGUCGUCCUGAUUGAUCGGAUGCUCUGAUUGGUCGGACGCUCUGAUUGGUUGUCCUGAUUGAUCGGACACUGAUUGGUCAUCCUGAUUGAUCGGACGCUCUGAUUGGUCGUCCUGAUUGUUCAGACUCUCUGAUUGGUCGUCCUGAUUGAUCGGACACUCUGAUUGGUCGUUCUGAUUGAUCGGACGCUCUGAUUGGUCGAGAUAAUGUGCUGGUCUCUGAUUGGACCCAUGUGUGGCAGGAGGACUGUGGGAACUCAAAUGGACAGUAUUUGGAACAACAUACGACAAUAAGAUAAAGACAAAAUAUCUCAAAUUAUUAAAGUGAAUAUCACUGUGUAAUAUUUAUUCAACUUGUAAUUUAUGUACUCUUUUAACCUUUGUCUUUUUUGUUAUGACAAAGCAUUUAUUUAAAUAAAGUUAUGUAUUCAUUUACGA